GUCUACUGUUCUUCUGAUCAUUAACCCUUUAACUUCGUCAAAUAAUCUACUGAAACGAUGAGCGCAACUACAACUAUUGUAAUGUCCGCUCUUCCUUCUAAAUCCACGAUCAAGCUCGCUCCUGCUCCAUCUCAUGCCGAAGCAUCAUCAUCUCAGGCCCAGAAUCAGCCCCCCAAGUCUCAAAAGCAGAUGACCAAAGCGGAGAGACGCGAACAACAAGAGCGUCAGAGAGCUGCAAAGGCUGCUACUAAAGCAGCUGGUCCCCAACCUAGCGGAUCUAAUCAGAAUUCUGCUCAGGUGAAGAAAGGCGCACCACCUGCUGCAAGCACUAGUGCUUCAGUCAAGAAGGGUGGAAAAGGUCCCGAUGGAAAACCAACGAAGGACACAAAAGAAACCACAUCCGAUGACUCUGCUCGUGGUUUGCGGAUAUUCUCCCAUUUUGGCCUCCCCAAACCCCCUGGCCCUAGUAAGGGAGAUAUACACCCCGCUAUCAUCCGCCUCGGAUUGCAAUUUUCGGAGUUCAAGAUCGUAGGGGCAAAUGCGCGCUGUAUUUCCACCCUGACUGCCUUUAAAACUGUGAUACAAGACUAUGUCACUCCUCCUAACAAUACGCUCUCGAGGCAUCUCUUGACACAUCUUUCGCCUCAAAUCACUCAUCUUGUUUCUGCUCGCCCCAUGUCUGUCACUAUGGGUAAUGCCAUUCGGGAGCUCAAAUUAGAGAUCAGUGGAUCGGAUAUCGACCUUCCGGAGCAGGAUGCGAAAAAUCUUCUUUGUCAAAAGAUAGAUGAUUAUAUCAGCGAACGAAUUACUAUAGCAGAUCAAGUUAUCCAAGAGACUGCAGGGACCAAGAUCAAAGACGGAGACGUCAUUCUGACGUAUGCUCGAUCUUCAGUUGUAGAACAAGUUCUGGUCGGUGCGUGGGAUGAUGGGAAGCAAUUCUCGGUUGUGGUCGUCGAUUCCCGGCCAAUGCUAGAAGGCAAGAAGCUUCUCUCCGUACUUUCUGCCAUGGGCAUUCCCUGCACUUAUCUCCUUCUGCCAUCCAUUGGAUCUGUCAUCACAGAGGUGUCGACAGUCUUAGUGGGCGCUCACUCCCUACAUUCGAACGGCGCCGUAUUUUCCCGUGCAGGCACGGCCCUCGUAGCUAUGAUGGCAAAACAGCACAGCGUUCCUGUCGUUGUUUGCUGCGAGACAUACAAAUUUGCGGAAACAAUCCAGCUAGAUAGUUUUACCAAGAACGAGCUCGCACCAGCUGGCGAUAUAUUUUCGUCCUUCCCCCUCACUCGGUCAAAAGAUACACUUACCCUCAACAAACAGCUCAAUCUAGAAAUCCUCAAUCCGCUUUACGACCUGACGCCUCCUUCAAGUAUCACGGCAGUCGUGACAGAAGUCGGAGUUAUUCCGCCAAGCUCCAUCAGCUCGAUUCCACUCGCACUCGGUCGCACUACACUGUAACAUACCGCACAUAACAUUGUUAUCUGAUCACGAGUAGGAAGUUACAAUCAUACGAUUUAAUUGCAUACAUGGCAUGUAUUUGUGUUUGUUCCCCCUAUUAUAUAAUUACUACUUGCCUGGCUUCGAAGUUUGAUGUCAGCAUGGUCUCCUGAUCAUGGGUCCCACUUCGGAGUUAGCUGUCCGGUCCCUGGAGAGGCGGCCUGGGUCCUGCGUUCGAAUGUAAAUAAAGAGAAGGCGUGAAACCCGAGGAAUAACAACAGUAGAGAACUUCUCAGAUGAUCAGA